AUGGUUUGGCUUCUUGACGAUGCCUACGACACACGACACCGGGCCUACAUGAUGCGUGAGAAGGAGAUGAAGCUUGAACCUCUGAAGAUUCGGUAUCACGGGGUCUCUGGUCCUGCCAUACCCUACAAUGAGCGGUACACACCCUACAUCCAGCAGGCAGGACUCCUCCCGUGGAUUCAGUUGGUCAGCCGGUCCACGCUGAACCUCAACGCUCCUCUGGUGACCUCUCUUGCUGAUCGGUGGAGGCCAGAGAUGCACAGUUUCCAUCUUCGGACUGGGGAGAUGACCGUGACGCUCGAGGAUGUCGCCUUGAUCACCGGGCUUCCUAUCGAUAGGAGGCCUCUAUGUAUGAGCACCGAUUCUGAUGGGUGGCGCGAGCAGAUGAUUGCUCUUAUUGGUAUGGCUCCUACCGAGGCUGAGGCUGAUGUAGAGAAGGGAGAAGAGCAGAAGGAGGAGGAAAGGAAAGCAGCUGGAGCUGCUUUCACGUGGAUUCAAGCAAACUUUGCGCAUUGCCCUGUGGAUGCCACUGAUGAUGUGAUACAGACACAUGCUCAUGUCUAUAUGUGGUACGUUGUCUUGAGGACUUUGUUUCCUGACUCGACAAGCAAGAACGCUCCAUGGAUGUGGCUGAAGGCGUUUACCAUCUUCAUAGCGGAUGGAGCUGGGGUCUAG